AUGAGGAGUCCUCCAGAGGAGCAAGAAGCAGCAGAGGAGACUUUUCCCCUGGAAGUAAGAAAGGAAGAGCUCCAGCAGACAAGCUUUGCUGCAGAGGCCAUGGCCUGCUGGAAGCAAGAGAAAAGCAGCACCUGGACUUUUCCCACCCUGAUUCUCUGCCUCUAUGGAUUCUUCUACAUGAUGAAACCAUCAGAACCUUUCCUAACACCCUAUCUAACAGGACCAGAUAAAAACCUGACCACAGAUGAGGUUACCAACCAGAUUUUGCCUGUUUGGACAUACUCCUACCUCGCCCUCCUGUUCCCAGUCUUCCUGCUCACAGACUACCUGCGCUACAAGCCCGUCCUCCUCCUCCAGGGCAUCAGCCUCAUCGUCACCUGGCUCCUGCUCCUCUUUGCACACGGAGUGCUGGCCAUGCAGGUGGUGGAAUUCUUCUACGGGAUGGUGACGGCCACUGAGGUGGCCUAUUACGCCUACAUCUACAGCGUGGUCAGCACCAACCGCUACCAGAGGGUGACCAGCUACUGCAGGAGCAGCACUCUGGCGGCAGCCACUGUUGCUGCCGUGCUGGGACAGCUGCUGGUGUCCUUGGCAGACGUGUCCUACUUCUACCUCAACGCCAUUUCUUUGGCUUCCGUGGCCCUGGCCUUCCUGUGUGCGUUUUUCCUCCCCAUGCCCCAGAAGAGCAUGUUCUUCCACAGGAAAGAUGCCUCCCAGUCUCUCCCGGGGCCUGACAAAGUUGCGGCUCCGGCCGGUUCUGACCGUCCCUCGAGCUGCCAAGAGGACACGAGCUCCGACUCUGCUGGCAGGAGCCCAACACCCCAACAGCAGGCUGGGAAUGCCAAGCCCUGGAAUCACAUGCUCAGAGUGCUGGUGCAGCUGAGCAAGGACCUGAGGGAUUGCUACAGCUCCAGGAAACUUCUCUACUGGUCCCUGUGGUGGGCUCUGGCUACGGCCGGCUUUAACCAAGUGCUGAAUUAUAUCCAAGUGCUGUGGGAUUUCCGAGCCCCCUCUCACAGCUCUGCAGUGUACAAUGGAGCUGUUGAAGCACUAGCGACUUUUCUGAGCUCAGUAACGUCUUUCCUAGUACAAUAUAUGAAAAUUAACUGGGACCUGUUUGGAGAACUGGCUUUAGGGAUCUUCUCUGCAGUAGAUGCUGGUUCUCUGUUUCUCAUGCACUUCUCUACCAACAUCUGGGCGUGUUAUGCUGGCUAUCUCAUUUUCAAGGCCUGCUAUAUGCUCCUCCUGACAAUAGCAACGUUCCAGAUUGCCAUCAAUCUGAGCAUGGAACGCUAUGCUUUGAUGUUUGGAUUCAACAACUUCAUUGCCCUGGUGAUUCAGACCAUUCUUACAGUAGUUGUUGUGGAUUCGAGAGGCCUGGGGCUGGACAUAGUGACUCAGUUUUUAAUUUAUGGCAGCUACUUUGCAGUCAUACACGGGAUUUUCAUGAUCAGAAGCAUUUGUGUGCUUGUCUCAAGCAAAUGCAAAAGGAAAAUAGCAAGAUGCUGCAAAGAGCAGCUGAACCAUGCUGAGCACCAAUCCAGAGAGCAGAUUGUUACAGGCUAUUUGACACGGCUGUAGGAGGCAGGCAGGCUCCUUGGCCAGGCCCUCCUGGGAGAAGAGCUCAGGCUGCA